AUGGAUUCCACUAUCAAUCUCUCCAUCCCCAUGAUGCCGGGCGCGUUCGCGUACUCAAGCAGCGCCAUCUACCUCAUCAUCACGGGCGUUUUGGUGCACUAUUUGUUCCUCAUAUUCCAAGUCGAGUCACCCGAUGAUUGCUCGAAGGAAGAAGAAGAGGUCCAGGAGGACUACAACGAGAUCACCAGUUUGCAAAGGAAGUCUAUGGCACUUGCUGUACAGACGACAUAA